AUGCGAGCGGUUGAAGUUGUUCGACGCGAUAAAGAACCUCCUCCUUUAGUAAAAUCGGUUAAAAAGAGGUUUAUAUUCUUUGGACGGAACAGUGGAGUGCAUGGUCUGCAUUACUUGUUCGAUGCUGAUAGAAGUCUGCUGUCCAGGAUAUUCUGGCUAAUCGUCCUGAUAGCGUGUCUGGGCUGCCUCUACCUGAUGAUGCAGGAUACAGGAGACCUCAGAGUGGAAGUGAACUUCACUCCUGACACUCUCUACCUAAACUGGACCACUACGUUUCCAGGAGUGACUGUGUGUGAGGAGUAUUCUACUAAGUUGGCGUUAAGGAAAUUUGCCAAAUUGUUCCCUGAUCUCCUAAGCCCUUUGGACUACGAUUUCCGUUGGUAUCUGACAGAUACUAUGUUUGGACGUGGUCAGUGCUCUCACGCUACCUGUAUACCUUGUGGUUCUUCUGUAGCAUGUGACGUGCCGUGGAGAACAAUAAUUGAACAGGUUCACAAAAGCUGUCAGGAAAUGGUGUCCGAGUGUCGGUAUAACGAUGUGGUGUUUCCAUGUUGCGAAUAUUUCCGUGAAGUAGACUCAGAACACGGGCCUUGCUUCUCCUUCAACACUCUACAGCACAAGGGAGAAACCAGCUUGUUUGAGUUGAAUAGGACCACUGGACCCGGAGUAUUGAUGUUUCGCUUGCUGUCUGAUGCUGAAAUAUCCAUACACAGUCCCGAAGAGUUGUCAACGUACUUUUUGGACGGGAAGUUAAAAGAAAUAGUUCAUACCUUCAUAGAGAAUCAUGUGUCCUUAUUGUUCUCCGUUGUGGAGAUAGUCAACGGGGAACAGUUGCGGACCGAGCCCAUUGAAGUGAGGCAAUGCCGGUAUUUGCAUGAAAUACCUGAUGAUCCUCUACAUACUUAUCCGGUGUACUCUUACGGAGCCUGUCGUUUAGCAGAGACAACAAAAGAGUUCUAUCAGCAAUGUGGUUGUGUACACCCUGUACGCGAUCUUACAUAUAAAAAUAGUUAUUGCAAUUAUUCUGGAAUUACCUGUUGGAAUUUAUAUGAAGGUCAAAAGGAAAAAAUUGGUGCAGAAAAAAUAACAAAAGACAACUGUUUGCCAUCUUGCGUAGAAAGUGAACUUAAAACGAUUCAUUAUUCUAAGAGAUGGGAAAAAGAUGAAGACUCUGUAGGUACACUUGUGGAGGUCAAAAUGGCAUCAUUACCAACACUACGAUACCAAAGGAACUUGUUGCGGGACCAAUUGGAUUUAGUUGUGGCAGUCGGUGGUAUAGGCGGGCUGUUUUUCAGCGCAUCUGUCCUGAGUUUGUUGGAAGUCUUUUAUUUAAUCCUUCGACCUAUCUCCAGAGUUGUGACUAGAAUACAGGAACCCAUCGUUAUAGCAACGAGUAGUGUUAUAUCGAUAAGCAAAACGUAA